CAAGUCAGUUUCUCCCCAUGACAGCUGCCCGUUAGGUUAUUCAUCGGUGGGAAUCCUCAGAGCCCAGAGGACUCAUCCUAUCGGUCGAAUUAUCAGUCUCACUUUUCGUUCACGUCUUUCUGUUCGGUCACCGCAUCAGGAAACCGUGAGGCGUCGCGAUUUUUUUUAUGCUGUCGUGAAGGGCCUCCCCCGUCGGGACGGACCCUCGCUCGAACAAAGGGCUCCCACUCGAAAAUGAAAAAUGAACGACAUAAGCAUGGAAGAAAGGAUCGCCAUUAGGGACACCGCCAGGUCUCUCAAGAAGUACGGUUCCACCUCGAGCAACCUAAAGAGGUACGAGACGUACGCAAAGCACCAAGUACGAGAGACAGACACGCUACAGGGACUGGCCCUUAAGUACGGCGUUACAACAGAGCAGAUAAGAAGGGCGAACCGGUUAUGGGCGAACGACAGCCUGUUCCUCCGAAAAUCACUUUUAAUCCCAGUGACCGGUGACAAAGCUGCUUCGCCGAGUGAAGUGGUGCUUCUUGAAGCAGACGAUGUACUACCAAACAAUAACAACAACAACCACCAUCACCAAAUCCCCGAGGAAGAACAUAGUUACAAUGAUUUCCUAGUCAAAAUAGACUGUGCUAUUGCAACGACAAAAAGCCAAGUUAUGGUGGCCCAAGAUAACAGCGAGUUUAUCGAACAUGACUCGAUAUUUUGGAAAAGGAAAGGUGCCGUUUCGCGAUUGAAACAGAAACAAGAGAUGCAACAACAACAGAGUUAUCAGGAAAUAAACAGACAUCCUAAUUCGAUUUAUUCGAAACAGUCCACCAGCAAUGGCACCGAUCUGCCGACUGUGAUGACACAAGGUAGAAAAGUUCGCAACUCCCUCGAACGCUUAGAAAAGGAACAAGACGAGCUGUUUGAAUUGUAGCGAAAUCCCUUGUCUUUAUCUUGAUAUUUUCUAUUUUCAUUAUACACACAUUCACAGGUACAGACACAAAAGAACUUCUUACAAAAACAAAAUGUAAAUAAUUUUAUUUAACCUUAAAAUAUCAAUAGCACAACCCAAUAUAUCACAUAUUUGCUUGCUUGGGCUAUUAUAAUUUUGUGCUAAAUGUGUAAAUAGUUUUGUUUAGUGUAUAUAUUUCUAUUAUUUAUAAAAGAUAUUUUAUUUAUAAAUCAUAGCUGAAAGUUAUACGUUACUAGUUCUUUUUGUUAGCUCGGAUUCUUUUGUUCUGUUAGCUCAUUCAGGUUCAUAUUUGUCUUUGGUAGCUUGUUUAACAAAGAAAAACCUCAUGACAAUAUUAGUGUCUCCUUCGAAGAAUGUACAUAAUGUUUCUAACUGUGAUGAAAAAAUUGUACAGUACCUACAUGAUGCUGAGAAAGAUAUAUGAAGAAAAAUCAGAGGUUGGCUUUAUAAUUUGCCAAGACUAAUCAGGAAAAAGAAAAUAAUUUUUUUUACUCAUCUUAGUAUAUUCUAAUGCAGCCUUUGAUGAAUUCAGAUAGAUGAAAAAAAAAAAAAAAUAGAAAAGAAACCACUUAUUUUUGCACUGAUUAGUCGGAAGGAUUAGAAAAGUUGGAGUUAGACUUGGCCUACCAAGUAUUAUUAUUGACUGAUUUCCUUUUACAUAUCUCAAUAUUUUUUUAAAUUUUUAUUUACCAAAUUUAAUAAUUUCUCAUUGUAUGCGGGUGAACAUCUUUUCAUUUUAAUAAGUGUUUAGUAUAAGAGGAAACCAUAUCAAACCUAGCACAUAGUUGAAACCGUGUUACAUGUUCUAUUGUUGUCCAUUGUGGUACCAAAAUGUUCGCAUGUGUCUUUUACAUUUUUUAUGCAAUUUAAAUAUAUUUUUGACCUAUAUAAAUCCACGAUACAAGCUGGACAAUGUAUAUUUGUGGUGUAGGUAUUUACUAAAUUAAAUAAAGUGAUGUGUACCUUAACGUUGAAAUUUAUUUUGUUCAAAUUAUAUUUGGUUUUGUUUAAUACUGAGAAAUAAUUUAAAUAUUUAAAAACAUUCAAAUUGUUAAGAAAAUUGUAGGAAAAAUAUAGCCAGUUUGCCUAUGGAGGCUUCCUGAGCAAUUUGUUAAAUACAUUUUUUUUUAUAUGCCUAA